AUGCAGCUGCCGUGGGCAGGGCAGGGCUCUGGCAAUGAGUCUCUGCUGCCAGUGGCUGGCGUGCCCAUCAUCACCGGAGAUGCGGGCGAUUCGCCGCGGCUGGGCAGAUCAGAGUCAAGGCCAGGACAUGCCCGGACACCAUCGGCGCAUGCGCUGGGAGUGGCCAAGGAAUAUUCCUCAAUGACCCCCAGCGAAGCUGCCGCGCAACUACGAACCUCGCUUACUUACGGCCUCACGCCCAACGAAGCCUUGAAACGACUCAGCGAAUACGGACCCAAUGAGAUCCCCCACGAAGAACCAGAACCGCUUUGGCUGCGGUUCCUAAAACAAUUUCAAGAGCCAUUGAUUGUGCUCUUGCUGGUAUCCGCGGGAAUGUCGCUGCUCUUGGGCAACAUGGAUGAUGCCAUCAGUAUCACCGUGGCGGUAACCAUUGUCGUUUCCGUGGGGUUUGUCCAAGAGUAUCGAUCGGAGAAAUCCAUCGAAGCUCUCAAUCACCUAGUACCGAAUCAUGCACACCUUGUACGAGGCUCGCCAAACAAGUCUUCUAGUCUACCGAAACCCCCCAGCUGGCCCCCCAACGUCAGCGGCCUUCCAGACCCCGCCGACAGCUCUGGUUUAAUCACACCAAUCGAAGAUAUUCUGGAUGCGACUUCAUUCAAAGUCUCGGCUUCUCAACUAGUGCCAGGAGAUUUGGUCCUGUUUACUACUGGCGAUCGUAUUCCGGCCGAGAUUCGAGUUACCAAGGCGGUCGACCUGACCAUUGAUGUCUCUAACCUCACUGGUGAAACAAAGCCCAAAAGGAUAACGACCGAAUCGCAACACCACGGAUUUAGCACUCAAAGCUUCAAUCAAUUCCACAAGCAGACAUCCCUUGCCCCGGAAGCACCCACGAAUGCUGCUGAGCUUGAGAGCACCGCUAAGAACGUUGCGUACAUGGGCACAUUGGUAAGAUCUGGACACGGCCAAGGAAUUGUUUUCGCAACUGGCGGAAAUACUCAUCUCGGAUCUAUUGCUUCAGAUGUUUCUGGGACGGAAAACCCUAGGUCACCUCUGCAGUUGUCAAUGGAUGAUCUUGGCUCACAGCUGAGCAAAGCAUCAUUUGUCGUCAUCGGAUUGAUUUCGCUUGUUGGCUGGCUACAGGGGAAGAAAUUGCUGGAAAUAUUCACCAUUUCUAUUUCCUUGGCUGUUGCAGCCAUCCCAGAAGGAUUGCCCAUCAUUGUCACCGUCACUCUGGCUCUUGGUGUGCAUCGGAUGGCCAAGCAUCAUGCCAUCGUGCGCUGGAUGCCCAAAGUUGAAACCCUUGGUUCCGUCAAUGUUGUAUGCACUGACAAAACCGGCACACUAACAACGAAUCAUAUGACCACCGUUGAAAUGUGGUGCUUUGGGGAGGACGGCUCGUUCAAGGUAGCUUCAGACGCCGAGGUUGAAGAAUUCAAACCGACGCCAGCGGCUCUACAUAUCCUACGAAUCGGAAACAUUGCAAACAAUGCACGAUUAUCAAAGAAUUACACUGAGAGCGGCGCUGCCACGAGUGCCGUCUUGUCCUCAACAAUGGGCCGCGAAGAGGCAUUUACUUUUACUCGCUGGGUUGGCCAACCGACGGAUGUAGCCAUGCUCGAUUUGCUUGACAAGUUCAAGGAACACGAUGUACGAGACUCCGUGGGCCCUCGCAUUACAGAAGUACCCUUCAGCUCGGAGAGAAAGUGGAUGGGGGUUACUGUUGGAAGCGAAAGAGAGUAUGCGUACAUGAAGGGGUCGAUCGAGAAGGUUCUCGCCGCUUGCGACACAUAUAUGGAAAAAGACGGACGGGAGAUUGUACUGGAUAAUGCUCGACGCCAAGAGGCCUUGGCAGCGGCUGAUGCUAUGGCGUCUAAAGGACUUCGAGUGCUUGCUUUUGCCAGUGGUCCAGUGGCCAGAUCCUCAAGAGCGCGCUCAUCGGCAGCUGACACGCGAAGCAACACACCCGCCGAUGGUGCGUCCAGUCCGGUCAUUCCUCUGGGUUCCGAUGAUACCUACAAGGGACUCGCAUUUGCUGGCUUGGUUGGUAUGAGGGACCCCCCUAGGCCUGGCGUAGAACGCUCCAUCCGACGACUGAUGCGAGGCGGCGUCAGAGUCAUCAUGAUUACUGGUGAUGCAGAGACUACGGCGCUUGCGAUUGGUAGACAGCUAGGAAUGAAUGUCGCUAUUCCUAGCGCUCAUUUGCCGGGCCAGAACGAAGUCAAGGCUGUCCUGAGAGGAGAUGAGAUUGACAGGAUGUCGGAUGGGGACCUCGCCGAAGCGAUGCAGCACACCACUAUUUUCGCCAGAACUAACCCGGACCACAAGAUGAAGAUUAUCCGCGCUCUCCAAUCCCGGGGAGACAUUGUAGCAAUGACAGGCGACGGUGUAAACGAUGCGCCAGCCCUGAAGAAGGCCGAUAUUGGUAUUGCAAUGGGACGUCAUGGAACCGACGUUGCUAAAGAGGCAGCGGACAUGAUUUUGACUGACGAUGAUUUUUCCACCAUUUUACGGGCCAUUGAAGAAGGCAAGGGCAUCUUCAACAACAUUCAAAACUUCCUCACGUUUCAGCUUAGCACGAGUGCGGCAAGUUUGGCCCUGGUAUUUGUCUGCACAUGCUUCGGGUUCAAGAGCCCCUUGAAUGCCAUGCAGAUUCUCUGGAUUAAUAUUAUCAUGGAUGGCCCUCCUGCUCAGUCUCUGGGCGUCGAAAGCGUUGACCCGGAUGUAAUGAACAGGCCGCCAAGAAAGCGCAACGAUGCAGUUCUCACGAACAAACUCAUCCAGCGAGUCCUAACCUCAGCUGCCAUCAUCAUGGUCGGUACCAUGCUCACGUACCGGCGACAGAUGGCUGACGGCGUCGUCACCCGCCGGGAUACCACCAUGACCUUUACUUGUUUCGUCUUCUUUGACAUGUUUAACGCUCUUAGCUGCCGCUCUGAAUCGAAAUCGGUGCUGCGUGGCGAGGUGGGGCUCUUUUCGAAUAACUUGUUUAACUGGGCAGUUUCUCUGUCAAUCGUCGGUCAGCUACUUGUCAUCUACCUUCCAUGGCUUCAAGAGGUUUUCCAGACAGAGGCCCUUGGGCUGGGUGAUUUGUUCCGGCUCGUCAUCCUUUGCAGCACGGUGUUUUGGGCAGAUGAAUUACGAAAGUAUCUGAAGUAUGGGCGGCGGCGUUUGGGCGGCGGGUACAGUCAAGCGGUAUAA